CGGCGGCCGCCUAGCCUGGCGCCCCGCGCCCUCGCACUGAUCGCGCGGGGCUGCGCGCCCUCGGCACCAUGCGGCCGCCCUGCUCUUCGCGCCCCGAGGAAGAGGGGAGCCCGCAGCUCCAGCCCCCAGCAUCGUCGCCGGCCUCCCCAGUGGCUCCGGACGCCGGCGCCGCCGCGGAGAGGGCACCCGGCCAGCACUUCCCCGGAGCCUCAGCCGUGGGCUCCCAGGCCUAGGGGCCCAUGACGCCUACGCUGACUGCCACCUGGCCGAGCUCGCGCCACAGGGCCCCAAUGCCUGUCAUCCCCAUCCCGCGGCGGGUGCGCUCCUUCCACGGCCCGCACACCACCUGCCUGCACGCGGCCUGCGGACCGGUGCGCGCCUCUCACCUGGUGCGCACCAAGUACAACAACUUCGACGUCUACCUAAAGACGCGCUGGCUCUAUGGCUUCAUCCGCUUCCUGCUGUACUUCAGCUGCAGCCUGUUCACGGCGGCGCUGUGGGGCACGCUCGCCGCCCUCUUCUGCCUGCAGUACGUCGGCGUGCGCGCACUGCUGCGCUUCCAGCUCAAGCUGUCGGUGGUGCUGCUGCUGCUCGGCCGCCGCCGCGUCGACUUCCGCCUGCUCAACGAGCUGCUCAUCCACGGCAUCCACGUGACUGUGCUGCUGGUCGGCGGCCUGGGCUGGUGCUUCAUGGUCUUCGUGGACAUGUGAGGCGUGCAUGUGGCCCCUUCCUGGUUCGGGGACACCUGUGGCCCCAGUCUCCCCUCGGCAGGGAGGCCGGGUCCUUGGAAGCCUUACUGCCCCACCGUUCCACAGAAGGCGCGGGAGGCUUCACCUGCCGUUCCCGCAUCUUCAGCACAGGAGAGAAAAGGGCUGAGACUUGUUUCUGCAAAGGGGACGCGCGGCACAGCCCGUGUCUUUCUGCUUCCCCCUCCUGUGUGUGCACUUAGGUAGGUGCUGCGUCCCCUCACGUGCCUGUGCCUCUUGUGUCCAGCUUGGUCAGGUCGUCCUGGGUGUGGGGCCCAUCAUUCGGCUCUUGGAGGCCUCCUUGGGGCUCCCCAGCACCCUUUCUGGAACCACCUAUGGUGUGACUUUACCCACCCCCAGUGGUAUGGGAGAUCCUCAGCCCCUGGAUGGCAGUGCUGCCAGGAGCAAACUUGGAGGGUUCACCUUCCCACCCCACCCUUUCUGU